AUGGCGCCCGCGCCGGCCGCGCCCGACACCGAGCACAGGCAGGAGGGUGCCGUCGACGUCGAGCCCGACAUCCCGCCGAUCCCAGAGGAGCCUGACGCAGCCGACAGUUCCGAGCGUACUCUUCUGGCAGACGUGCAGAGGUUGCUGGACCGGGCCGACAGGACGGAGCACGACGCCGAGGCCGACAUCGUCGCCAACGACUCCAACCAAGUUCGAGGUCACGCAGGGUGCCCAAUCUGCGACGACGCGAAGCACCUGCACAAGUACAAGCUCCGGCGCACGGAGCCCAUAGUGCACGUCACCGGCCAGGGCGCCACUGACAAGCCUUUCGGGGCGAUGGUGCACAUCGACUGGCUAGAGAUCCGCCGGGGCACGCAGGCCUUCAAGACGGCGCAGCGCGCUCUGAUGCUGACGGACGGCCUCACCGUGUUCCUCGGCGCCGGGCCUUCGAACUCGAAGGAGGCCGGCGUGGUGGUGGAGCUGAUUCAUCGGUGCGACGACGUGCCUCCUGCCAUUUGGAGGUGGUGGUCUGAUCGAGCGGCUGAGUUUCUUGCCGCUUCGCAGCAUGUGCGGUCACUGCGGCCUCUGGCGCACUUCACGUCCGUGCCGUGGCGGCACGCCCCGAAGGCAGAGAGGACGAACCGGACAGCCUCGGAAGGCACGAGGGCCUUGCUCAUCCAGUCAGGCCUCGACGAGGCUUGGUGGGCGAUGGCGCUGCUCAUCUGGAUCGCCAUGUGGAACGGGUUCAUGAUCGGCAAGGACGGCAUGACCCCCUACUUCAGGAGGCGCGGGGCACCAGCACCGUGCAAGCAGUACGCCUUCGGCGCCCUGGUGCUGUUCCACCCGCGCCGGCCGGUGCCGCAGCAGGGCGCGGAGCCACUGCGCGACAAGCUGCAGUCUCGGCUCGUGCCCGCCGUGCAGAUCAAUAUCACCGUCUUGCCAGGGGGGAAAUGGGCCUCCAGCUACGGGGUCAUCCCUCUAUCGAGGUUUACCUCGGAGAGCGACGUAGUAUUCCCAGAGGACGUCGCGUUCCCCAUCAAGCAGCGCCUGGCGAUCCAUGGGGCCACGGUCGACAAGACCCUGCCGGCUCCCCGCGUCGCGGGCGACGCCGAGACCUGGGAGAUCUUGGAGGACAAGGGCGACAUCGACAUGGAGGCGGAGUUCUUCGACGGCAUGUGGAAGGAUAACGCCGCCAAGUUCGACUCCAGCGUGCCCCUGUGCCACGUGCUGGCUCUGGAGCCGGACACCCAGGGCGACGAGGUGCAGCCUGUUGCGACUGCGCCCGCUGGUGACUUUCACCCGGUAGAUGCUGACAUCGCGGAGGCGCAGCAGGCCGUCGACGACGUCCAGCCCGAGAUCGCCAUCGUCGAGGGGGGCGCCGCUCCACCGGGAUGGAGGAUCGAACGCUUUGGACGAGGUGGAGACAGGGUCCGCCUGUUGCACGUGCCACCGUGGCCACGACGCCCGCCAACUUGCGAGCCCGAGGUGUGGGUUAGCAUUGGGCGAGCUGCUCAGAAGGAGCUGCGCGCGGAGUGGGGGCGGCUCGAUGCACCUGGCUUCGCGGCGCAGGAGUCGAGAAGGUCCAAAUGGCAACAAGCAAAGCAGAAGGGCGUGGUCGCACCGCCCACUCCCCUGGCAGCAGUCGCGAGAGGUAUAGCUCCGACUUCCGGGAACUCCCGGCCGCCGGGGAGCGACGUGGAGAAGGACACCACGACCCACGAGCUGAGGGAUACAACUCUUCAGCUGGAGCGUCCUGCGGUGGCGUUGCGUCCGUCAGCGACGCGCGUCGUCCAGCAGGCGCGCAGCAUGAUCAUCAUUGGCGACUACAGGUUCCUCUUGCUGGAGUUGGGGUGCUCCGAGGACAGCGAGCUCAGCGCGGCCGCCCAGGAGCACUGCCUUGCGGUGCGCAUCACCGCCAGGGAGGACUUGACACUGAAGUCAACUAAACGUGCGGGUCAUGCCAUAAUCAGGUUUUGCGUCCUGCACGAGGUGGAGGUGCACGCGUGGGUCAGCAUCCCGUGCACUUUUGGAUGCCCUUGGAAGUCCGUCAACACGGCUCUGGGCGUCAAUGCCGGGGACGAGAGCCUGACCAACAAGCUCAUCGUUGCUGCUGUCCAGAUUUGUGAACUCGUGGACAGGACCAACAAUACGUUUUCUUGGGAAUGGGUUGAUCGCAACUUUCUGUGGCAUGACCCGAGGGUGGUCGGCAUGUUAGCCCGACGAGGGCCCUACGCCGACCUGCCCAAGCACAUCCCGCAGGCUAGCUUCGUGGAGAGCCGGGGCAAGAUCGCAGCUGCCAGCGCUCUGUACACGCCGCGGCUCGUCAACUUGAAGUCACAGGAGGCCAGGACCGACAAGGCCAAAGCGGCGAUCGAGGCGGAGCUCGAGGGACGCAGAAACUGGGGCACCUGGGACAUGAGCAGGGUCCGUAGCCUGAAAGACUGGAUGGCUGACGACUCGUACAAGGACGUCGUCGUAGGCCGCGUCUUCGUCAUCCUGGGCUGCAAGAGCAGCGAGAUAGACGAGGGCCAGUGGCGCUACAGAGCCAGAGCAGUCUUCCAGGGAAACAACAUAUGGACCAGAACUGGUCGAAGUGCAUACGAGAUCUUCGAAGACGUGUCCAACAGCCCGGCCAGCUUGAUUGCUGCCAGGACGGUCGACGGAUGGCACAGCAUCUGGCUGCACGCUGAUGGCAGCAUCAUGGUGAUCUACGUGGACGACUUCUUGCUCGCGGUCACGGCGGCGAACGCCAAGAAGCACUGGCACGAGCUGGGUGAGCACAUCGUGUUCCAGGAGGCGUACGCAGAGGUGUUGCGCUACCUUGGCGCCUUGUACCACUUCGACCACGUCGACCCGCAGGAGCCGAUGAGGGUGCGAACGGUCACUGCCAGCAUGAGCGGGCACCUGCACAACCUGGUGGACAAGUUCAAGCUGGAGUACAGGGGCGCCUUGCGCAAGGUGUCGCACCAGACGGCGACCAGCAGCGGCAGCGCCGAGUCCGAGACCAUAAGCGCGAGCACGGCGGUCCGGCAUUGUGCGCUGCCGGUGCAGACGCUGAUCUCCGACAUGCUUGGCGCCCUCGUCCCCAUCGAUUGCAGAGUGGACAACGCUCAGGCAAUUCAGGCCAUCCAGAAGGGCUACUCCAAACGCUUGCGAUGCCUUUCCCAGACACACGGAUGCUCUAUCGGAGCCAUGCACGAGAUCUACAACGAUCCAGAAGCAGCACCCGACGUAGAGUACCACGGUACAGCCACGCCCAAAGGUGACUUCUUCACCAAGUCCCUCAUCCCGGCGCCUUUUGCCGAGGCGUGGGAGCGCAUCGGCAUGCGGCGCGCCGCAAAGUUGUGA